UUAUUUGACGUUUCCUCGUGUAUGCUCCACCUCAUCAUCCUCCUCAUUCCAUGGACUGACUUGUUUGUUGUCGAGCAAGAUGGAGUUCCUUCUAGGAAAUCCUUACACUACUCCAGUGGGACACUGCAUUGAAAGAGCCACAGAUGGCUCCCUGCAAAGUGAAGACUGGACCCUCAACAUGGAGAUAUGUGACAUCAUCAAUGAAACCGAGGAUGGACCAAAAGAUGCCAUCAGAGCAGUGAAGAAGAGACUGAAUGGCAACAGGAACUACAGAGAAGUGAUGUUUGCUCUAACGGUCCUGGAAACCUGUGUUAAGAACUGUGGACAUCGAUUCCACGCCUUAGUCACAAGCAGGGACUUUGUGGACGGUGUCCUCGUCAAAAUCAUCUCUCCGAAAAACAACCCACCAACAAUCGUUCAAGACAAAGUACUUGCAUUGAUUCAGGCCUGGGCUGAUGCGUUCAGGAGCAGUCCAGAUCUCACAGGAGUGGUUCAGAUCUAUGAGGAAAUGAAGAGAAAAGGUAUCGAGUUCCCCAUGUCAGACCUAGAGACCCUGUCACCUAUACACACGCCGCAGAGGUCUGCAUCUGCUCCCGAGGGUGACUCUACCUUACAGAAGUUCAGUACGAGCCCUCAGCCCCCACCCCAGUCUGUCCCACCAGCCUAUCCUGACGCCCAGGUGCCCAACAUUAAUGCCUCUGGAUCCAUUAACCCCACAGCUGAACAGAUCUGCCGUCUGCGCAGCGAGUUGGACGUUGUCCGUGGUAACACCAAGGUGAUGUCGGAGAUGUUGACGGAGAUGGUGCCAGGUCAGGAGGACGCAUCAGACUAUGAGUUGUUACAGGAGCUGAACAGGACGUGCAGAGCGAUGCAGCAGAGAAUAGUGGAGCUCAUUUCCUGUGUUUCCAACGAGUCUGUGACCGAGGAGCUGCUGCACGUCAACGACGACCUCAACAACAUUUUCUUGCGCUACGAAAGGUACGAGAGGUUCAGGUCUGGAAGAUCUUCAUCUCAGACUGUCAACAACGGGGUCCUGAGUGAGGCUACAGAUGACAACCUGAUCGACCUGGGCCCGGGGUCUCCAGCAGUGGUCAGCAACGUGUCCAACACAGGCCCCACCAGUCUGAUGGCAGGACCACCGCCAUCUCCUGCCAGUCUGGCCUCCCGCCUGGCUGGUCUCGACGUGGGUUCAGACAGUGUGAGCAGCACGUUGAGUUCUCUGAACACCUGUAAGCCUGCGGCGCCUCCACAGGACGACUUUGAUGUCUUCGCCCAGACCAGGACCGGAGUCGUGUCUGAACCACUUAAGACUUCCACUGCAGGAGAAAGCAAAGCCAACAGUAGCGCCCCCCCCACCCUGGACGUGCAACAGCCCACAGCAGGAGGGAUUGCCGGCGGUCAGUCCUCUGUCAUGGAUGACAUAGAGGAGUGGCUGAGUACUGAUGUGAAAGGAGAUGAAGGAGAGGAAGGUGUGACAAGUGAAGAGUUCGACAAGUUCCUGGAGGAGAGAGCCAAAGCUGCAGAGAUGGUCCCCACUCUACCGUCGCCCCCCACUGGUGAACCAGGUGCAGCGCAGGGAACUCCCAGCCGUCAAAAGGCAGACAGGCCGGGGGACAAUCUGUUUGCCAUGUAGACUGUUUGUUUCUUCUCCACCUCGUCAUCAUCAUCAUCAUCAUCACCACCACCAUCACCAGUCUGAGUCAGACUGAGCCGAGGUGUAAACUCAUCUUUCUUCAGUUUAUUUUACACUACGUCAUUCUACACUGUCAUUCACACUACCCUUUAUUUGAGUGAAAGCCUGUGAGACGACAAACAGAAGAAAAAGACAGAAAAGCAAAUACAAUUCUGAGAUUAGUUCAAGUGUGAUUACGAUUGAUGGUUAAAGUUAUGAGAUGAAAAAUAUAUAGUUUAUCAGAUAAACUGAUGUGUUAAUAACAUAAUUAUGUAAAAUCAGGUUACUGUUAGAUUUAAUAAUUGAAAAUGAAGAGGUAACUGUCACAGCAUUGCUAAAAAGUAGAAAUUAUAAAAUAGAUCAAAUUCACAAUGUCUAAUUUAGGAUGUGGCAUGAACUAGAAUUAUCAAAUGUUAAAAAGUCAAAGUUUAGUUUUUAUCUUCUAGUUUCUAGCACAUAAUUACAAAUAAUCCUGAGAUUUUUUAUUCUUUUCGUACUGAACCUGGAUGGGUUUUUUUCUAGUAUUAAAAAUAGAAUUAAAGAAACAAAUAUAUGGUUGGUAAGAGAACAAAACAAAUGUAGCCUGAUUGAGUCGCUGCUCCUCAUUCUCAGAUAAGAGUUGGUGCUGACGCAAAGGUUUAAUCUGGAUUCUUUGAGGGUUUGUUUGAAGAACAAACUGAAUUGCUGUGUGAACCUGCGCUGUUCUAAGUCAGAGUUCUAACUGUACAGUGUGUAAAUGACCAGAGUGUAGACUUUAUGAGUUGGUCUGUAUAUUUAAGCUCCCGUCUGUAUAAAAAAGAGAUUUUGAUUUAAUGUAGAUUUUUGCAUUUGCAGCUGCUUUGAAAAUGUACCUCAGAGAGUACUGCGUAUAAAACGAAACAAAUAACUCUAAAUGAAUUAACUGAGAAACUAGAUGAAGGGAAUUCAGUUUUUAUUUGUGGUUAUGUGCGGUUUGUUUGGUAAGAAUCUUUGUUACCAAACCUAAUCUGACCACAAAUGUUGUAGAUUUAACUUUUAUCAGAUUAAAAAAACAUCAGAUUUACAAAAAAGAUGUUGGCUGACAUUGUAGGUUCUGCUGUGUGGCUCAGAUGAAUGGAGCCUAGUCAAUGCUGUAGACGUUUAUUUACAGUUGUGUUUUUCUGCAGAUGAAUGUGUUUGAAAAAAGCAGAAAAGUUUAUUUUAAAGCAGAAACAGAAGGUUGUCUUCUCUUAAAAGGGACAGAAGAAGACAUAGAAGAAGAAGAAAUCAUGGAUUUAAAUGAGAGUAAUCUGUAGGGAUUAUCGCGGCACUACAAACAGUUUGAACAUUACUGCGGUGCAUUUUUCUUUAUCUUCUCUUCUUUUUUUUACUUUCUAAGCACCGACACCGCAAAAGGUCUGACCUUUCAACGCGACAUUUGUUGUUUAGAAAUGAGCUGGCAGCAGACAACGCUCUGCAAAUGAGACAUUUUUAUUCCACAACAACAACAAGUGCAACACAUUACACAAUCAUUUGAUAUGAUUUCAAGGGGGAAAAUGUUCUAGGUAAAGUAUUUAGAGCCCUGAGUAAAGAUUAUAAGAAAGUAAUUGAGAAAAGUUCUUACCUUCAGUACCAGUGCAUGUACUGAUGGAACUGCUGCUGAGUUGAACAGAACAAGCAAACCCUCAGUCUCUGUUGUCUGAAUAAUCUCCAUCUUUACAUCACUUUAACCAUUUUAUGUCCGUUAUGACCAAACCUCAUUGGAAGAAAAUCCUUUUUUUUGUCCUCAGACCAGAUUGUUGUUUGGUUUUUGUUGAUGUUCUGUACAUUUCUGCUGACUGUCCUGCUGCUGAAUCUGUCCAUGAAUCUGUUGAAUGAUCGUCAGCUGUUUGUAGCUACAACACAAUCAAAGCAUCAGAAGUUAAUGGCGACUUUUCGCUGUUAGACUCACACACGGGUGAAUGUGUGGCUAACUCUCCGCAGAGAGAUACGGGAAAGGAAAAUAUUCCUGUGUGUGUUUUGUUUCGCUGUUUGUAUUUCUCUCUCUCUCUGUGUUUGUGUUUUCAGCUCUGAUGUUUUUUUUUUCUCUGUCGAGACUCUGUCCUCACACAGCCCUGGUUUGAUUCCCUACUGUUUGUAGCUGCAUCUACAGUCAGCUCUGUGUUUGCUACAGAAGAAGAAGAAGAAACUUCAGCGUUUCUCUGUUGUUUUUUGAUUUUAUUUUAGUCUACAACGUGCAAAAAGUCAACUCUGCUGUCGCUGCAUCAUUAUUUUCCUCUUUGUGUUGUUUCUUUUUUGACUCCUGCAUGAACUUUAAUUAAACAUAAGCAAGUGUGAAAA